GUUCCAGCACCAGCACCGCCGGCCCGCGCUUUGGGCUCCCGGGGAGCGGAAGACGCGUGGAGCUGUGCGAGGACCGCGGGCUGUGCAGCGCACCUAUAAGAAUGUGUUUUAGAAACAGAUGUUAAACUUUGGUUUGAAUGAAAAAUGUCUCUCAGUCCACCUGUAUUUCUCAAAGAAAGGGAAGAAAAUAAUUCAAGAUUUGUGGAAAUACAACAAUCACAAACUACUUCCAUAGCUGUGGAAGAUCCUCUUCAAAACUUAUGCUUAGCAUCUCAAGAAGUUCUUCAAAAAGCUCAGCAAAGUGGAAGAUCAAAAUGUCUUAAAUGUGGUGGUUCAAGAAUGUUCUACUGCUAUACAUGUUAUGGCCCAGUUGAAAAUGUACCUGUGGAACAGAUGCCACUCGUGAAGCUUCCACUGAAGAUUGACAUCAUUAAACAUCCAAAUGAAACAGAUGGCAAAAGUACUGCUAUACACGCAAAACUCUUAGCACCUGAAUUUGUAAAUAUUUACACGUACCCUUGUAUUCCGGAAUAUGAAGAAAAGGACCAUGAAGUUGCGCUAGUUUUUCCUGGACCUAAGUCUGUCUCAAUAAAAGAUAUUUCUCUUCAUCUGCAAAAAAGGAUUCAAAAUAACAUUAGAGACAAAAGUGAUGACCCUGACAAGCCAUCUGUUAAACGCAAGAAAACUGAGGAACAAGAUUUGAGUGACAGCAAGUGCAAAGAGGCAACUCUGAAAAGAAUUAUAUUUAUAGAUAGCACCUGGAACCAAACAAACAAAAUAUUUACUGAUGAGAGACUUCAAGGGUUGUUACAAGUUGAGUUGAAAGCAAGAAAAACUUGCUUUUGGCGCCAUCAAAAAGGAAAGCCAGAUACCUUCCUUUCCACAAUCGAAGCCAUCUACUACUUUCUGGUAGACUACCAUACUGAUGUAUUACAAGAGAAAUACAAAGGACAAUAUGACAAUCUUUUAUUUUUCUACUCUUUUAUGUACCAGUUGGUGAAGAAUGCCAAACGCUCUGGAGACAAGGAAACAAGAAAAAUUGCUCAUUAGUUUUUAA